GCUGGGGAAAAGGGGGCCUGGUUGGUUUUGUGUGAUGAUCUUGUUAUUCAAGCUUUGGCUCUGAUUUCAGGCACUAGCAAUGGACGCGCAGAAAGACGUCCAACCCCCAAAGCAGCAGCCGAUGAUAUAUAUUUGCGGAGAGUGUCACACGGAAAAUGAAAUAAAGUCCAGGGAUCCAAUCAGAUGCAGAGAAUGUGGAUACAGAAUAAUGUACAAGAAAAGGACAAAAAGAUUGGUGGUUUUUGAUGCCCGAUGAAGAGUGGGAAUUCAGGAGUGUCUUCAUUUGCCCCUUUGCUAUUUCUCUUUAUAGCUUUUGACCUAGCUUACAACUACAACUGUGUACCUAUGGUUUCAUUUUAGAAAUGUGAUUGUAUUUUAGUAUCCUUUAGUAUAAAGGAAAUUUUGGUUUAACAUACGGCUUUUUAUUUAUUUUGCUUGUAAUCUCUCACACAAUGAAGAUUAAAAUUGUUUCCCCAAACCACACUUUUAUUCGGUCUUGUUAAAAAAAAAAAAGUCAAGGUUCGGGCAUUCAAACCAGUGCUUGCCACCUACCUAGCCAGGUGACUUGCCUGGAACCCACAUGGUAUGGUAGGAAGAGAACUAACUUCUGAAACCUGUCUGUCCCGGACCUCCACGUGCACACCAAGACUUGAGCAUGUGUGGGUAUGUGCAUACCCACAAAGAGAAAAUAAAUAAAAUGCAUUUAAAAAUUUUA